UACUAUUUUUUUUCUAUUAUUUCAUUUGUUCUUUUCUUUAGCUUCAUCAAAGUCUAGUGGGGUUGGUGGUCCGUACAUAACGAAGAUAAGAUGGGUCUUUUUUUUUUAAUUUUAUUAUUGGUUUUGUGUGGUAAAUUGGCAAUUGAGGGAAAUCUUGGUACUUAACGAAGGAAGAAUAAGAGAAGGAAAGAAAGCAGAGAGUUUAAGAGAAGCAGAGAAAUGGCGGGAGGAGGAAAUUUUGUUUAUGGGGAUUUGCUGCCAUUCUCAGCUAUGGUGAGUAUGGAGUGUAUGAAUGUUGGGUUGAACACACUCUUCAAAGCUGCAACAACGGCGGGCAUGAGCUACUAUGUCUAUGUUGUCUAUGCAUACGCAAUUGCUGCUCUUGUCCUUCUCCCUGCCCCCUUCUUCUCCCGCAGGCUGCUGCUGCUGCUGCUGCUGCUGCUGCUCUCUCUCUCUCUCUCUCUCUCUCUCUCUCUCUCUCUCUCUCUCUCUCUCUCUCUCUCUCACGUACUCACUCGUUUGCCAACUAAAUUGAGAGGGUUGGCUAAAUUUGCAGAUCAAGAGCUCUUCCUCCACUGAGUUUCUCCAUACUGUGGAAAAUCGGUCUUCUCGGCGUCAUUGUGUAAGUUUUUCUGUCUUCCCAGGCUGGAACUUGGAUCCCGUAGCAAGGAUUCAAUGAGACGUUUGGUUUUGGGGAGCAGGGGCUCAUCUUCGAUUGUGGGAUCCGCAGGCAUCAGCUACAGCUCUCCAACGUUGGCUUCAGCCAUUGCCAACCUCACUCCAGCCUUCACCUUCAUAUUGGCUGUCAUGUUCAGGUGAAUUGUUACCCUACUGCUCCUGCAAAUUCUAUGAAGGAUUAGAUUAGAUGUCGAUGGGUUGGUAGGAAUAGGAUGGUUCGAUCAUUUUUCGUGUAAGAACUAAAUCAUUUCCAGGUAAUGAUCCAAAUACUUGCCAAACCGCAUUAUAAUCUUUUCACAGAAUGCGAUGGAUUGAUUCUUUACCGAUAUCUAACCUCUGAACCAACAUGAAUCCAUUUUAACCGAAUCCACCAACGAUCUACAAAUUCAAUUUGCUAUCUUCUCACCACUCCUAACCUCUUACUUCCGUUUGAAAUGCAAGGAUGGAAAAAGUAGUAUUGAGGAGAAGAUCCCAUCAGGCCAAAGUGUUGGGCACUAUAGUGUCAAUUGCAGGUGCAUUUGUUGUCACUCUCUACAAGGGUGCUCCGAUGUUCAUUGCUGCUUCUUCAUCGUCCUUGUCGUUGGCUCAACUCUAUCAGUCCCUUGAGAGCUCACCAGCACAGUACUGGGUCCUUGGUGGGAUUUUUCUCACCUGUGAGUACAUUAUGUUUUCCCUGGGAUACAUUUUUCUGGUAAUGCUUCCUCCUCUCUUAGCCUGCCACCUUCCUUCUCAACAAGUCCAUACGGAAGUUGGACUGACAAAGCUUCUCCGCUACCCAUCCGAAACAGAAUCGAAUCCUGACAGAAUACCCUGCUGAACUCACGGUAGUGUUCUUCCGCAACAUAGCCGUGACCAUCACAGCCACGAUUGUCGCUCUGUAAACUGAAGGAACUUCUGCAAGUGCCUGGAUAUUGAGGCCUAAUGUAGCAUUGGCUUCGGUGUUGUGCACGGUAAGAGGUCGAUCCGGGACUUGGUUUCCAAGAAAUUCGAGGCUGAAGACACCGACAUUAAUUGUUCCUGAUGUGUAUGUUCUCUGUAGGGGCUACUUGGGUCGUGCUUGAAGUCUGUUGUUCGUGCGUGGGUAGUGAGGAAGAAGGGGCCAGUAUUCGUAGUGAUGUUCAAGCCUUUCUCUGUCGUGAUUGCUGUUGCUAUGGGCGCCAUGUUCUUGGGUGACACGCUUUAUGUAGGAAGUGUGAUUGGGGCAGUGGUGCUCUCAAUUGGAUUCUACGCUGUGAUGUGGGGGAAAGCUCAUGAGGAUGAGUGCUGCAGCCAGCAGCAGGACACUCAGUCCACAGAGAAGGCUCCUCUGUUGCAGACUAGCAGAAGGAAUGCUCAAGUUUAGGCUGUUAACACCAUUUGGCAAACACAGUAAUGCAGGAUUCAUGAAUGGACCUUGGCCAAUGAUCCAUAUGGAGACAUUAUUAGAACUCGAAUUAGUUCUAGAUCCCAAAUUAUGUUAAUGCACUAUGCCUAGGUUAAACCAAGUUUUUGACAUGAUCAUUGAACAAGUAAAAUAUCACACUUCUUUGGUCCAAUUGCCGUUUCCAUAUUCAGUGGUCAGAUAUUCUAGAUGAUAUAAUCCUGGUAGGCAUUCUGUUUCAUCGUACCCUCCACACCUAGACCCAUGUACCCUCCCCCAAUAGUUAUGUCAAAAAAAUGAUAUUCACUUUGAUAUACUUUUAGUAAAAAAAAAUUGAAUAAUUUUUUACCAGUCAUUACCAUAUGGUAUGCUCAUAUUUAAUACCAUAUGGUAAUAAAGCGUACCAUGAUGA